AUGAAACAAUAUACAGGUGGAAAACUACCUCAUAGACUCACUCCCUAUGUUGAGAUCUUAUCAAUACAAGUGAACAAGUCUAAUAAAGCUGCUGUAUGUAAAGCAUGUAUCAAGAAAUUGGGAAGAGAAUUGGUAUUGGAUAAAUCAGUGUUUACUAAUACAAAAAUUUGUGUAAAAGCAUAUUUAAAAAAGUAUAUACAGUUUGCUAAGUUGUAUACUGAAGAAGAAAGAGCAAAAAUUCUAUAUGCAUCUGAUGAAGAAAACCAGCAAAUGAAUAUAUCAUCAAUUACUACUUCAAGUAGCUUUCUUUCAAGUUCAUUGGAAAAAAUUAUAACAUUACAUAAACCUACUUCUCCUAUACAUCAUUUAUGA